GGUCCGGGAAGAUCCCACGUGCCGCGGAGCGGCUGGGCCCGUGAGCCGUGGCCGCUGAGCCUGCGCGUCCGGAGCCUGCGCUCCGCAACGGGAGAGGCCGCGACAGUGAGAGGCCCGCGUACCGCAGAAAAAAAAAAAAGAAAAGGGGGGUUGUCACUCUCGUUUUAUUAACCCCAGACCGUUUCUUUGAAACAAAAGGGACGCAGAAGCCCAAAGAACAAGACAGGUGACCUGAACCUGCUGGUGGGACCCAAGUGGGGUGAGAGGAGGGUGGGGCUGGAGCGGGGGUGGUCACGGCAUCAGGUGAGGCUUAAUUCAACCUUGUGGAGGCCUGCUGGCACAACGACCGUGGAGAGGCUUCAGUGCAGCAGCCUGGGUCUCUGCGGGUGUGCAGCCCCAGGUCCACGUCCUGCCCCAAUCCUCCAGCUGGGGAGGGAACCCCGACUGGCCCCGACUGGCCCGGCAUGUGGUCAUUGGUCCCUUGGCAGAUAAUGUUGUCUCAGUUUCUUGAAGUCUUAAAUUUAUUAUAGAAACAUAAUCAAGUAAAGGCAAGCACAGCAUUCCUGUUUUUAAGUUUAAGAACAACCUUGGCGUAUUUAGUAAGUUUGUCUCGCAUGGAAGAAACUUCGGCGUGUUGGGGUAUCUAACAGAUGACCUUCUCGCAGCUAGAAGUCAAUAUGUUAGGAAGCAAUUUAUUAUUUAGACUCGGGUUAGGUUGAAAAUUCAGACAAUUUUACUUAGUUUAUAAAUGUUUAAGGGAAUUUAAGAAUUGCCAUAUUAAGCUUAAUUCAAUAGAUUUGUGAAACUUACUGAAGUAAUUAGGACUUUUUUCUUUUUGUUAUUGUUAGACAACUGAGGAACUUCAAAAAUAAAGUAGAACACAGGGGAAUUUUACUAACUAGGCUGAUGCAGGCUUUUAGGUGGAAAACAUUUACCCUGUUCUACUCCCUGCGCCCGUGCGGGUCUGAGGACGGGUCCAGCCUGAAUGCUGAGUCGGGGCCCCUCCUCUGCAGAAGGAGGGGCGGCCUGGACCUGGAAGGCUGGUCCUCCCAGUGGACAACUGCUCAUCUAAUUCGACUUUAGGUUUGCACUUGCUGAGACCCCUGUCCUCGGGGGCCCUUGCCCCGGUGCCCCGCUUGGCCGUCUGCCUCCGUCACUCAGGCUUCAGACGGGCCGCCCUGAGGAGCCAACCUGGGGGCGAUGCCGAAGGCUCAGCUUCUCUGUGCACCGGCACCAAGUUAAGUCUCGGAGACGCGGUUUUGGGUGAAGGAGAAAAGGAGAGCUUUAUUACUUGGCCAGGCAAAGGGGGACACAGCGGGCUCCUGCCUCGAAAAACUAUGUGUCCCCACCCAGGAGGAUUUGAUGAGGAGCUUUAUGACAGUACUUCCCAAGAUGGGGUUGCUGACAAGACUGGGGUGAGUGCAGGGUCUCAGGGGGUUGGUCUCCUAAUCUUGAUGAGCUCCUCUGGUCCCUUUAAUCUCGCCUCAGGUGGUCUCUCGGCUGCUCUUCCCUUGAUAAGCAGCUGUUCGAACCUGCCCUUUGGACCUCAGGGAAGGUCAUGGAGGCUGGAGUCUUGCCUAUAAGAAACGGGGGACAAAAAGGCCUCCGUGCCCGGGAGCCCCACAGGGCCCCGCUCGGUUUCAGGGGCACCACCGCCUCGCCUAUCUCCCAGCUGCGCUUCCCUCCGGGCGUUUACCUCCCCCAGAUCAUGUUUAUUUCUUCGUCAUCUUUGCACCCCGAAACGAAGCUAUUUAAAAUGCUCAGGCUCCCACAGUUUUUACUUCUCUUCUCCUUAAACGUAAUAAUGAAUUCCCAAUGCAUCUCUCCUAACUUUCUCAGAGAAUCUUAAAAAAAAACAAAAAACAAAAGGAAUGACUGUUCAAAGCUUUAGAAAUGACACAAGCACCCCUUUCUUUUAAGCACCUGUGAAAUAGGUCCACAUAGAAAGAUGUCCUUGGAGGAAAUGAAAGAUGUCCUCCCGGAGGAGAAAUACCUGCAACCAGAAACCAGAGAAGUGAAUGGAAUCCUCCUGACCCAGAUGAUAAGAGACAACCGGGAGAUGUGGAAUUUCCAAGCCAAGCCUGACGACCUGCUCCUUGUAACCUACGCAAGGGCAGGCGUGACCUGGACCCAGGAGAUAGUGGACAUGAUCCAGAAUGACAGGGACGUGCAGAAGAGCCAGCGGGCCAGGACCUUCGACCGGCAUCCUUUCAUUGAGGGGGCCCGCCCCCCGCCGCUCCACUCAGGAACGCGCCCGUGGGGACCCGUGGGCUGUAACCUGUGCUGGACUAGCGUGCAUGUGAAGGAGACUUAUCUCCACGGUCAGCCUUCUAGAGAAUACUUCCAAAGCGAGCUGGGAAGGAGUUUGAGGACGGUUCGGGUCAACACGCUCCCUCCAGCUGGGAAAAAAGACCCCUCAACCCGUCUCCUAAAAUACAUGAUUGGGCGGGCUGUCAUCGGCGAAGAACACAAGGGGCGGCCCAAACUGCUCGAGGGGUCGGCACUGGGGGGCACCGGCUGCACCUCGACGUCGCUGGGCAAGGGGCUGAGCUCGGGGAAACCUCAGCCUCCUAUAAUCCGCAAAGGCCCUGACAACCGUGAAGGUGCCGUUUCCGAUUUCACAAUCAUCCAUGUGGUCAGAAAUGCCAAGGACUCUCUGGUGUCCUACUACCAUUUCUCAAGAAUGACUAGGAUGGUGCCGGACCCUGGUCCCUGGGAGGAAUAUGUUGAGACAUUCAAAGGGGAAAGGUGAGUAAGAGGAAAUUUGCUGUGGGGCUCCUGCUACGAGCACGUGAAGGGAUGGUGGGACACGAAGGACCGGCCCCGCAUCCUCUACCUCUUCUACGAGGACAUGAAGGAGGAUCCAAAGCGGGAAAUUCUGAAGGUGCUGACGUUCCUGGAGAAAGACGUAUCAGAGGAAGUUCUGAAUAAAAUCGUCUAUGACGCCUCCUUCGAUGUAAUGAAGCAAAACCCGACGGCCAACUACACCACCCUGCCCACCAGCAUCAUGGACCAACGCAUGUGCCCCUUCGUGAGCAGGGGUGCGGAUGCGGGGGGCCGGAAGAAGUACUCCAGGGUGCCUCAGAACAAGGACUUCGACAAGGACUACAGGAGGAAGACGGCCAGGAGCCCGCUGACCUCCCGCACAGCCGUCUGAGCGGCGGGGAGCCUGGCAGAGCCCCUCACUAGCCUUCAGACGCUUGAGCCUCAUGAUCAGGACACUGAAACCCAUGACCCCCUCCCCCCCUCCUGAGCUUUGCACACUGUCUGUAGAUCCCAUGCCACGUGAUACACAAAAUGCGUCACACCCUGGGUAGAAAGAAGUCUAAAAUUAAAUCACACGGUCGUUCACAGAGGCCCGACCACAUGCGGAGCUGGAGCAAAAUAAGCACACGACUUAACCCCCUAACUAGUGCACAGCGC